AUGCUGAAUCUGAAAAAUUGUGCCGAAAUUCAGGAUUCUGUAAUUACUGACUGCUGCAUUAUGGAGUUGCUGUUGGCUCUGACUGUAACCAGCAGUUUGCAACCAGCAGUUUUCUGUGACGGAUUUAAGGACCGUACUCGAUUUGGUUGUGAUACUGAAGAGGAGAACGGCGAGUAUGACGAUAACGAUGAUGAUGAUGAAAACGACGACGACAGUGACUGCAGUGACGAUGACGAGAAGAAGACUGGGAAGAUGGAGGAACAUAAAAUUGAACAGAGAAUAUCUGAAAUGGUAGUGCCUGCCUCCAAUAUGAUAAUUAUCCUGGCACCGAUAUGGUCUGUUGCUGCUGUUGUUGCUGUCGUUGCUGUUGCUGUAUGGCACCGCUGGAUUUCAAAACCGUCUAAAAAAACCUAUGCAUAA